UGAAUUUAAUUCAAAAUAAGUCGAUUCAAAUAAAUUAUGAACUAAGGUAAUUUUUCCGUCAAACUCAUUAAUUUCGAAUUCUCCUAAAUUCUGUAAUUUAUUAAGUACAUAAUGUUUUACUAUUAUACAAUUACUAAAUAAAAAUAAAAUAGAUACCUAUUGUAUUAUUGUAUAUUUCUUCAAACUAUACCUAGCAUGCUACAUUUUUACAUGAAGUCGAGGACUAUAUAGAUUUAUUUUACGAUUAGAGGUUACUUAGUACUUUGCUACUCCCUAUCUAAUCUAUACAGUAGGUUUUUAUUUAGUAAAUUGUAAUGUAGGUCAAAUGUCAAUAAUAGAUAAUGGAACACAAGGUUAGCCAAUAUAAUAUAGUAAUCUGGUUUAUUGUAGUUUCAAUGAUAGCGAAAUGACUGAAAUGUCUUAAUUUUAAUUUCUGAAUUGACACUAGUGAGAGUAUAGAAUCGCUCUCAGUCUGUCUGCAUUGUGUCGCUGGGUUGGAAGAAUAUUGCAUAUUUUAAGAGGAACGUUUAUAUAAGUGCCGCAUAAUAUAUAUUGGUACUUUAGUGCCACUGCUUGGGCAAUACUGGUUUAUGGAAUACUGAAGGUAAUUAUUAUUUUUACAUAAAAAAGUGAAAGUGACAAAUUAAUUUAUGCCGCUUCUAAAUCUAAAUUAAUUUAUUGUACCUACAUAUAUUAUUUAUAUAACCUAUAGGUAAGAAAACAAAUAUAACUAUGGUUUUUUUUCACUUAUUUUAUAAAUAUCUACACAUUGACGUAUUUACGAAAAAUGUAUCCUAUGAUUGUUAUGUAAAAUAGCGGUACACUUUUAUUUAGGUCGAUUAUCUUUAUUCUAUGGGUCGAUCUAAGUUGUAAUUUUAUUGUGCACAGUCCAAUUUUUUUUCGAUAACACCUUUGGCGAUUGGUCAAUUAUAUUACGUACCUAUGAUGUACGAACUGUAUAAUAAUUGUUACCUUAUUAUCUUUACAAAUUUAUAAUUGUGUGUUAAUCAGUUCAUUGUUUAUGAUAAACAAUUCGUAUUUUAUAUUUUAAUUUUGCAUUGCAUGCUAUUUAGUUGUGUCUAUCAUUUUAUACCUAACGUUACCAUUUAAUUAAUAAUAUUGUGUUCGUACUUAAAAACAAAAAUGUCAUCUCAAAGUCUGAGUAAAUUUGUCAGAUUUUCGGCAAACUACAAUUUAUGCUGUUAUGUCAAGUCACAUUUAGAAUUUUCCCCAUUUUUGAGGUUGUCUGGGGAAUCGAAGAAUUUUUCCAUAAGCCAAAAUAUGUCGAGUCAAAAAGUAUUAAAUUUGGACAACAUGAAUCCAAAUGUAAGAAUAAUGGAAUAUGCUGUCAGAGGACCGUUAUUGAUAAGAGCUACAGAAAUUGAGAAUGAAUUAAAGAAGGUAACAUGUUUCAUUGAUAUUAAUUCUAAAUAUUCUAUAAAAAUGUAAAUGUAUUUUUAAAGUGAACAUUUUUAAAAAUUUGUUCAGGGAGUUGAAAAACCAUUUAAAGAAGUUCUUAAAGCAAAUAUUGGUGAUUGCCAUGCAAUGGGACAAAAGCCAAUUACGUUCAUACGUCAGGUAUAGUUAUUAUACUUAUGCAGCAUUUCAUAUAAACAUUUAAAUAUAGUAAAAUUAGGUUACCAAUAUGGUUUUUCAUAACUCGUGUUCUGCAAAAUUCUAUUGUUGUUGUUUCAUUUGUUAAACUAAUAUUUUAGGAGUCCAGUGAAAAUGUUCUGAUGUGACAUAAAAAAAGUUCACAAAAUCUAAUAAUGUUUUAAUUAUUUUGAUCCAGCAUCUAUUUAUGAUUGGGGCAUUUAACUCUAAAACUUUUGACUCUACUCUAGUUUUACCUAUGACAUUUAAAUAUUGUGGCCCACAGAUAAUAGAUAUUGGGUAGGUAUCAUUUUUAAUUGGCUUGACUUUAGAUUAACAUUGGUCGGAAUAAUAAACUUUUUUGAUAAUAGGAAUAGUCUUAAGUGUUUCCCUCCCCCCAUCUUUGGUUUUAAUGUUAAUUAAUUUUUUUACAACAAAUUAUUUUGAUACCUAUGUUAGAUAACUUUGCCUUGAUGGUGAAUUUUUUUAAGUUUUUAGAUAAUAUAAAUUCUUGGGAAUCUAGGAAACAUUUUAAAUCUGGCUACAAAAUCUUCAUCUUUUUAGGUAAAGUGUGAAUUGUGAAUGCUUUGGCACAUUUUUACAAAUCACUAAAGGGUUUUUGAAGAAAAAUAAAUAAAUCUAAGAAAAACCGUUUGCUUUCUUUGCUCCUUUUACUUAAAAAUGUAUAAUAUGAUUUAAUCUAGUUUGAGAGGUAACCAAGCUCUAAGCAAACAUAUCAUUCAAUUUAAACUUUAUUGUAAAUAUAUAUUUGUACUUUUUAUUCAUUAUUUAUUUUUGUUUAGGUUUUAGCUUUAGUUUCCCAACCAGAACUAUUAGAUGAUAGUCGUUAUCCUGAUGAUAUUAAAGAACGGGCAAGAGCUAUUUUAGAGGGAUGCCGUGGUGGUAGUGUUGGUAAUUUAGAACUUUUUAAAUAAUUUAAAUUUAGAAAUAACCAAAUAAAUUAUUUUUAAUUAUGUAUAUUAUCAUUAUUAUGCAAGUUAUUUACUUGCCCAGAACUUAUUAUUACCAUUUUUUUUUUUUUUUUUAUAUAAAUUAAUAUAAUUUUUAUGUAAAUUAUAAAUUUGCAAACAUUUUACGGCAGUCAUUUGUGAUUGUACAUUGUGCUAGGUGAUCACAGUAGAGAUAUGGGGUUAAUGCAUUAAUAGUUAAGCACAAAAUGUUUACAACUUAUACUACUAAUCACAAUUAUUGUAGAUAUAUAUGUAGGUGCAAAUAAAAGAACACUACGAUAUUUAGGGGCAAUGCCUAUUAUCUGCAGUAACCAUCAUAUUAAUAAUUAUCAUGCUUAAUGUAGUAAUAUGCAUUAUCAUUAUUAUGCUUGAUUUUUAAAUGAUAACUUCUAAAAAAGGCGUAAUUGCUACAAAAUUGAAAUAAAAACAAUUAGAAGUUCUGGUAAAAUAUAUCUAUAGGUAUAAAAUUAAUUAAUAAUAUUAUAUUUAAUAUCUAUAGUAUAGUUGUGUUUAUUAUAACUUCUAUAUUUGUACUAAUUAAACUAAUUGAUAUGACCUUAUGAAUACAUUAUAUUUUGUUAAUAGUAGAGAAAGAAUAUAAAUUAAUAUGAACUAGUUUUUCACAAUAAUAUUAUUGUGAAAAACCUAUAUAGUCUAUAUUAUAUGCAUUUAAGUUUACUACACAUACCAAUAUACAGAACAUUUUUAAAAAAUACAAUUUUAACCCACUUACCAUAAAAUAUUUGUUUCAUUGGUUUAUUGGUUUCAGUUAUACUUUAAUCUUUAACCACAGAAUGAACUCAGAAAAAACUUUGUGCUCAUAAGUAAAUUUUGGCCACACAAACCACCUGAUUCUCCAACAUAUCACCAGUUGAAAAUAUUUGUUUAUAAGUGUAACAUUUUUUGAUAUAAUCAAAUUUUUAAUUGCGCUGGUACAUACAUAUGACUAUAGAGCAGCUAUAUUAUCAUAUUAGAUAUGAUAUGUAGAACUGUAGGGAAUAGGAAUAAUUUUAUAGUAAACACACAAAAUUAUAAGUAUAAAAUGGUUUAGAGUUAAUGAUAGUCACCUUGUAUUAAUACAUAUUUUUUUAAUUUAUCAUAGAUUUAGUUAUUGAUUUUCUAUUCAAUUUAAUUAUCAUUAUGUGUGUAUUCAUGUUUAGGGUCUUAUACAGAUUCUCCAGGAAUAGAAAUAAUUAGGAAACAUGUUGCUCAGUAUAUUGAACGCCGAGAUGGUAUUCCUUGUGAUUAUUUAAAUGUUCUUUUGUGUGCUGGUGCAUCAGAUGGAAUAAAAGUUUGUACUGAUUUAAUAAAUAAUUUUACUAUUUUAUGUACAUAUAUAAUCUUAAAACUGAGUUAUGCAUUAUUUUAUUAAUACUAAUGAACUAAUAAUUGUUCUAGUCUAUUUUACGGUUAUUGGUUGCUGAUAUCGAUGGGAAAAAACCUGGUGUUUUGAUUCCUAUUCCACAAUAUCCACUUUACUCCGCUACAUUAGCAGAAUUUAAUAUGAAACAGGUUAGUGUAAUUAGUUAAUUACUAUAUAAUUUUUAUAAUACUGUUAUUAUAGUAUUUUAAUAUUAUGUUCUUAUUUAUUUUUUAAUAAAACUACAUAAAUGUCCAUUUUAUAUUUUAUGUACGGAAUUCAUAAAUUGUUUUAUUUCUGAGUUUAUUAUUUUAACAUAAUAUGAAACAUGCCAUAUAAUAACUAGUCGAAAACAUAAUUUGUUAGUGUUUAAGUAUUAUUUGGCAUGUAUUAAAUCACCAUUUCACCAUUACUUAUUAAAUACCAGUAAAUUAGAUAAUGUAAACAUUUUCUUUAAUUUGAUAACUUAAAUAUUGAUUUAAUUGUAUUAUAAUUAUUGUGUAUGUAAAUACACUAUUAUAUUAUUAUUAUAUUUUAUCAUCAUUUGUAAUUUGUAAACAAAUUGUGCAAAAUUUUUAGAUAGAAUUAUAGUAUAAACUCAGAACUAAAAUACUUCAAAAAUAUAUUUAUAUUAUAUAAUUAAUUAUGCUUAAAUGAUUUAAAUAACAUAUAAAUUGUAACAGUAAUAUGUGUUUUUAUCCUAGAAUUAUUUAUUACUAAUUAGAAUACACAUAUUAAAGGGGAGGGGGUAUGCCCCCCAUAAUUUAGACUUAGGCUAGACUGCAAAUUUUAAAUGUAUAGUUGGGUUACAGCCCCUAUCAACAUAUUUUAUCACUUUAAAUCUAUUCUAAAUGAUUUUGGUUUUGGUAAAGGAAUUUAUUAUAUGGCUUUGCAUUUUUUUUUUUUUUUUAGAUUGGAUAUUAUUUAGAUGAAAAUAAAAAUUGGGGUUUGGAUUUAAAUGAAUUGGAGCGGUCUAUAACAGAAGCACGGAAACAUUGUAACCCUAGAGCCAUUGUGGUCAUUAAUCCUGGUAAUCCAACAGGUUUGUACAUUUUUAAUUGCAUAUAUUUAUGUUAGUAUAUAUAUCUAGUGGUAUACAUUAUUUUUCCAAACUAAGAUUUUACAGAUAUCUAGUUUAUAAUAUAUAAGUAUUAUAUUUAUAUUAUUACUUAUAGUAUAUUUAAAUUAUUUAGGUCAAGUAUUAACCAGAGAAAAUGUGGAGGAUGUUAUUAAAUUUGCCUAUAAAGAAAAACUAUUUUUACUUGCUGAUGAGGUAGGCUGACAAGGAUAGGUUUAAAAAAUAAAUAUAUAUGAUUAUAAUAUGUUAUUUUUAUUUUUAAUUUAUGUUUUGGGUUAGGUUUACCAAGACAAUGUAUAUGCCGAAGGAAGUAAAUUUUAUUCGUUCAAAAAAGUAUUAACAGAGUUAGGAUCUCCGUACAGUGAAAUGGAACUAGCAUCAUUUAUGUCAUGCUCGAAAGGUUAUUGUUUUGAAUAUCACAUUACUUUCUAGUUAUAUUGUAAUAAUAAAACAAAUAUUUUAGGCUUUAUGGGUGAAUGUGGUUUAAGAGGUGGUUACACAGAAGUAAUAAAUUUGGAUCCUGAUGUUAAGGCAAUGUUACUCAAAUCGAUAUCAGCUAUGUUAUGUCCUACAGUUCUUGGCCAGGUUAAAAAGAGUUAAUGAUAUUUUUAUUUGACUAUUAUAUUAAUUUUUUUUUUUUUUUUAAUAGGCUGUAAUGGACUGUGUAGUAAAUCCUCCACAGCCAGGUGAACUAUCCUAUGAGAGUUUUCAAGAAGAAAAAGCAAGCGUCUUAAAAUCAUUAGCAGAAAGAGCUAAAUUAGUAGCUGAUACAUUCAAUAGUAUUCCUGGUAUGUCUUGUAAUCCAGUCCAGGGAGCUAUGUAUGCUUUUCCACAAGUAUGUAUAAUUAGUAUUAUAAUAUACAUAAAUACCUAAAUUUAUACAAUUUUUUAUUUAUAGAUUACAUUACCUAAAAGAGCAAUUGAAGAAGCAAAAAAUAAAGGAAUCGAACCAAAUGCAUUUUAUGCAUUUCAACUUUUAGAAAAAACUGGCAUUUGUAUUGUACCUGGAUCUGGUUUUGGACAAGUUAAUGGAACUUAUCAUUUUAGGUAUAUUUAAUUAUUUGUUUUUUUUCAUUAAUAUAUGUAGGUAAAUACAGAAAAGUAUAUUUAAAACUUAAAUUAAUGGGUCUUCAAUCUUAUUAAAAGGCAGGCCAAAUCUGAGAUACACUUUGGCAUCACAAGCCAACAUUUUUUAGAAGAAUAGAGAGAUAAUGAAAUUGAAGAAUUGAUAAAAAUGGAUACAAAUUUUUUUAGAUUAAGAAUAAUUAAUAUUUACUUUUUUAUAAUACAAAAUGUAAAAUUUGUUUAAUUGUGAUUUGAGUAAUUUACUUAAUUAGAAGUUUGGAAUUGUUUGUCUUUUAAAAUUUCUUGAUAAUUUGCAUCAAACUUUGUUGUUUCUAACAACAAUGUUGCUUGUAAAUGAUUGUCACUUAAGUUGAUUCUAUACUUAAGUCUGUUCACAUAAGUAAGUGGAGCUAAAUACUGAAAUCAUUUCAAAAUUUGUUUAGCUUGGUCAUAGUACAUUUAUAGACAAAAAAACUAAUCUAAAUUCCUUUUGUAUUGGUUAAAAAUUAUAAGAAAAUCCCCUUCGGAGUUUCAUACAAGUUAUAUAUAACAUAUCAAGAUAUAUAUUUAAAUAAAAAUGUUUAAGAAUAAAGAAUAAAUGUAUAUUUAUAUGAUAAAAUUAUAACAAAGUGCAUUAAGUGUUUUUGAUUAACUUAAUUAAACAUAAUUAAUUAGUAAUAAGAAAUUAAAUAAUUAACUUCAAAUGAAAAAAAUACAAUGAUAAGUGCUUAAGAUGUUUGCUUAGUUUAUUAUUAGUUUCAAAUGUAUUAAAAAUGUCUUUAAUUUUUUUCAGGACUACAAUCCUACCUCAGCCUGACAAAUUAAGAAAUAUGUUAGACAGUUUCAAAAAUUUCCAUUUACAAUUUUUAGAAGAAUGGAAAUAGUUUACAAAAACUAUUAAGGCAAUAAAUAUUAAUAUUUAAAUAGAAAAAAAUAUUACUAUUAAUAUUAAAAAAGAAAAAAAGAAAAUAAGUAAGUCUAUUUAAAAUUAUUUUUAAAUUCAGUAUUUUCCUUUAUUUGUGUAGCCAAAGAUAAAUAUAAUAAUGGUUAGAACUGUUCCUAAAUGAUUUAAUAUUUUUUCAAAACCAUGAUUUACUAUCCAUUUUUAAUUUGUAGCCACCAACUUUAGUAUAUAGAAUUUUAACAUUAUUUUUUAUAUUUUUUCAUUGAAUUAUAUGUACUGUAAACAAAACAAAAGUCAAGAUUAUUUACAUUUUUAAUUUAUAACUUCUUUAACAUUUCAUUCUACGCUAAAUUGCAUACUUACAAAUAAUCUAUAGAUACCUCUACUUAAUUAAUUACAAUAAUAACUACAUUUCAUUAAAAAAUUGGAAUAUUUAUUAAUAUGUUCUAAAAUAUAAUAUUAGUUUGAAUUUAAUUUCAAUUGUCUCAUUUUAAAUGUUAAAGUUAGUAAUUUUAUAAAUCCAUAAUAAUUGCCUAGAAACAAUAUGUUCCAUUUAAUAUCCUCCUAUAUCAUACUACUAAAUCCAUCCUUGUGUUACUUAAUUUGUUAAAAUCAUAAACUACUUUUAUAGUUUUAUAUCUUAGUUUUAACGUACCUAAUACAAUUUCACUAAUAUAUAUUUCAAUGUACCUAUAUUUUAUAAGUAAUUAGCCAGUUUUAGUAAUUUAUAUGUCAAAUGUGACUUGUAUUGCAAUUAAUAAUUAACACAAUUUUAUAAAAUAUAUGCUAAUCAAAUUAAUUAUAACUAAAGACUAGAUUUAUAUGUAAUAGUAAAAAUUACAAAAUAUUCAGUUAUCAUUUUUUUUCCUAUUUUAGUUUUCGUACAUUUAUUAUCAUUUAAUAAUUCUUGUAGAACCAGUAAAUCUUGUAUUUAAUUGUUGUUCAUAAUUGGAAUGAUUAAUUAAAUUAUUCACUAAGAAUAUAUAUAAUAUGCACUACCUAUAAUAUAUGUUUUAACAUUCCAAGUAUAUAUUUACAUGUAAAAUACAAUUUGGCUUAUUAAAUUAAUUUUAACAUUACAUACUUCUCUAAGUACUUGGUACUAACAUCCGAAUGCAUAUCAGUCCAGUCUUUAUUUAUAAUCAUGUUAAAUAACAGAACUAGGUGUGUUAUUAAAACAUUCUAAUAUUACAAUAUUAUAUUGAUUUAUUGUUAUAACUAUUAUUAUAAGUGUGUUAAAAAUAAAUAACAUUAUUUAAACAUGAUACAUAAUUUGUAUUCUAUACUCGUGCCACUGAGAGAACGCUAUUCCUUCGCGCAUCUGUAAUAAAUAAAUUCCGCGGUUUCAUGCCUACAUUUCUCCUACUCUACUACCUACUCACCACUGUAAAUUGCACGGCCGAGCGGAAAACAAGUUGUAUACAGCGUACUGAAAUAAUAACAAAAAUAAUAACUCUUGGUGACUGUUACAUAUAGUAGGUACCUAUAUGUAUGUUUUUACUUAUACAACAACAAUAACAAAUAACAUGUAUGUAAAUUUUUUAUAUAUACAUUUAUUUAUUCAUUCAGACAUACAUUUGUUUAAAUAAUACCGAAAAAAAAAAUUAAUAAAAAUACAAAUACAAAAUUGAAAAUCAAUUUCAGUCUGAAUCCGAUUCUGUUGUUGAACCUGUUCCCAUUGCUAGAAUGUGACGUUCUCCUUCAUUAAGUUCUGUGUCCAUAAUUUCGUCAGUUAUGUUGUCGACAUCCCAAAAUUUCUGUUCUUCCUUUACGACAUGUCCCUCAAAAUUCGUCCACAUUUCUAGUGUUACGUGUUCCAUCCCUCUUUUUAAUAUAUCUUCAACGUCUUUAAGCUUGAAUGUGUUGUUAUGUGUCCGAACAUAGCUUUUGACAGAUGACCAGGCGAGCUCGAUUGGGUUCAGCCCUGUGGUAUGGAGGCAAUCUUAAUAUGGUUUUGUUAUUGUCUUUUACGUAUUCAUCUAUGACAUAUUUAUCAUAUUAGGAUUUUAUUGUCUGGACUUUUUCCAAUAACAGCGCUUUUAUUAUUGGCUGGGUAACAAUCUCACCUUUACUUUCCAGCCAACUUAUAAUAUCUUUUUUUUUCAAAGACAUUACUGGAAUUCUAUCUUUCUUAACCGAAUGAUAUGGAGCAUUGUCUAUUACAAUUACAGUAUUUUCUUUAAGUAAUGGCAAAAUGUUUACGAUUCAUUGAAAUAAAAUAUCACCAUUCAUUUCUUCGUGAUAGUCUAUUGAAUUUGUUUUUGAUUUGAAGCACAAAAGGCUCCCAGGGACAAAGCCGUCAGUCAUGUGUAAUACUAUCAGUCGUUUACCUUUACUAGAGAGUUCCUUUUAUCCCGUGGUGAGGCCUCUAAGAAAUGUGUCACGUGGUGAAUUUACCGUACUGUUGAUUCAUGUUUUCUUAUGUGUUUCAUGUGCGUUGACCCACGUCUUAUCCAAGUAAUAUACCAGUCGGUUUUGUGCUCAAUAUUGCCUUAUUUGAUCCAAUAAUCUGAGAAAGCUUAAGAAUGUAGGAACAAAGACUACAAAAUGUACUGAAGUCACAUACAAAAAAAAACCAAGAGUAAAUACAAAUGAAGACCUUUUACAUAUGCCUUAUUAACGUUAUUAGAUUCUAUAUUAUCAACCUUGAGAACGCUUCUAAAAUAAAUAUCAAACAAGGCAGUUAUUAUUGAAUAUUAUAAUAUAAUGCAGUCAAAUGAUGGUGAUAGUAGUGAUAAUAAUAUGAAUGAUUAAAGCAAUUUUCUUUAAAAACAUGUAGUUUAAUAACUAAUAUACAGUAUACAAUUAUGCAUAUAUUAAUAUAUUUAUGAUUAUAUAUGAAAUUGAAUUUAAAUAUUUAAAAAUCAUUGCCUGCUUAGGAAUUAGGGAUUGAUUACAAAACAGAUAGAAAAUUUGGGUUUAGAACCAUUCAAAAUAUAUAAUUUGAUGUGAAAUAUGCAGGUUUUAUAAAACUUAAAAAAACCACCCCUAAUUAAAGAGCUGAUUUCAAAUUUGAUGAAAAAAAAUUGAAUUCCACGUCUCUAAAAUAAUUAAAACUUAUAAUAAUGCAUACACUUGACGAUACUGUAUUCUAUAAGAAAUAAACUAAAAACAAUAAAAUAAUAAAACUAAAUAGCUAAAAGAAGUUUAACUGUUAGGUUCAUUUAGUAACUCCAUUGACGCCAACACAUAUACUAAUUAGUUAGAAUGACAACGCAAAAUACAUGUGAGUAUAGUUUGACUACUACCGCAGAACUAGUCCAUUAUCUAAAUAUUGAAUUUGAUGGAGGUUUUAUCCCUUCAAUAAUUAGAAUAGAAUUAGUGUAACCUAUUUAAAAAAUGUAUAUACAAAACCCCAGUACCAGGCGCAUUACUCCAUUAAUGCAACUCUUUUUCAAUUUUUUUUUUUUUACACUAAACAUCUAAUUUGUUUGGCCCAUUUGUAGAAUAGUUUUCGGAUAUGUUGCGUUAUUUUUAAAGAAAUAAAAUUGAUCUGUCAUCUUUCAAUUGGAGCAAUAUUUCUGGUUAAAAACGUAGUUUGUAAAAAUUAAAAACAAUGAAAUGCAUAUUUGUCAUUUUAAUUAUAAUUUUCAAAGCAUUACUUUGGGUAGAGGAGAAUUAAAUAACACUAUUCUAAUGUUGUGUCACACUGCUACCUUAAUAUUUGGGGAAAGCUUCGGGUUUCUUAAGAUUAUUUUUCACUGAACAAAAAACAAAAUUGACAUUAAGAAAUGUUUGAACUUAACAAAAAAAAAAAAAGUAAAUAAUUGAUAAUAAUAAAUGAUAAUUAUCAUUUAAUUAAUGAAUGGAGUGUGAAUGAUGAAAAAUCGAUCAACAAAUAAUUUAGAUUAAAGCUUGACUAAUUAAGUGUCGUAUUCCUAAUUUUAUGUUAAAUAGUACAUUUUGUAAUUU